UGCGCAGGAGGAGCGCUCCGCGGCCACGGCGCUGCGCGGCCCGCGCGGCGACACCUGUUCGCGGCAGCCCGGGCAGCACGCGAGCUCCGGGACGCGGUCCUCGCCCGCCGCUAGCCGCUCGCCUCAUUGCAAGCCGCUGGACCUCCGCAGAGCCUCUGCAGCGUUCUGGAUACUAGCUUUGGACGCCGAAAGUUUUUUUCCUUCUUUUUGUUAUAUUAUCCUUAUUUUUUGGAGGAGGGACUGGGAGGAGAGAUUUGUCGCCGCCGCCAACGUGAGAUUUUUUUUUUCCCCUUGAAGGAUUCAUGCUGAUGUCUGCAGAGUCGGUUAGAGAGUAAAAACAGCGCAUGCCUUUCUGGAGUCAGGAUCCGUAAAUUCUGACGUAGCCCGAGCAUCUUAAAAAUCCCUGUAAUAUCGCCCCGGCACUUACGUUGCUAUGGUCAUUCUGAUCUCUAAGCAAAUGGAGAAACUACGGAUUUUUUUCCCUUAUUACGGUCGGAUGGGAUGAAGACCUUUCUGCCUGCUGAGAGUCGAGGCUCCAUAUGUAGCGAUGCAUAGCUGUGUUGAUCAGUGUCAGUGUGUGAGUAUAAAGUGGUGGCUUCUUAGACUAUCAGUGGUUUGACCUUGAACCUGUGCCAGAGAAACAGCCGAUUACUUUUAUUUGUGAAUUGGAUGGAUUGAAGAAAAGAACCCUUUUUCCCUCUCUGUCUGCAACUGCAGCAAGGGAGGGGAGUUGGAUAUACCUCGCCUAGUGUCUUCUGGUUGAUACCAUCAUUAUUGUUUAUUCUUGUGCUUAAAAGCCGAGUCCUCUGAUGGCUCCCUUAGGUGAAGUUGGGAGCUAUUUCGGUGUGCAGGACGCGGUACCGUUCGGGAACGUACCGGUGUUGCCGGUGGACAGUCCGGUGUUGCUAAGUGACCACCUGGGUCAGUCCGAAGCAGGGGGGCUGCCCCGGGGACCCGCAGUCACGGACUUGGAUCAUUUAAAGGGGAUUCUCAGGCGGAGGCAGCUGUACUGCAGGACUGGAUUUCACUUAGAAAUCUUCCCCAACGGUACUAUCCAGGGAACCAGGAAAGACCACAGCCGAUUCGGCAUUCUGGAAUUUAUCAGUAUAGCAGUGGGCCUGGUCAGCAUUCGUGGUGUGGACAGUGGACUCUACCUCGGCAUGAACGAGAAGGGGGAGCUGUAUGGAUCAGAAAAACUAACACAGGAGUGUGUGUUCAGAGAACAGUUUGAAGAGAACUGGUACAACACCUACUCUUCCAACCUGUAUAAACAUGUGGACACCGGAAGGAGAUACUAUGUUGCAUUAAAUAAAGAUGGGACUCCAAGAGAAGGGACCAGGACUAAACGGCACCAGAAAUUUACACAUUUUUUACCUAGACCAGUGGACCCUGACAAAGUACCUGAACUAUAUAAGGAUAUUCUAAGCCAAAGUUGACAAAGACAGUGUCUUCACUUGAGCCCUUAAAACAUAACCACUAUAAAUGCUUUCAUGCGGUGGGUUCUUAUUGAUUAGCAGUGCCGUCACCUCAGCUCCACUGUUGCCAAACUUUGUCGCAUGCAUAUGUAUGAUGGAAGCUUGGAUGAGGACUUGCCAAUUUGCUCUGCACUUACUGGCUGGUCCUCCUGGAGGGCUGCCUAGGGCCACUUGCUUGAUUUAUUGCGAAAGCAGGGGAGAGGCUGCGGGAGAGGGUGCGAGCGCAGCAGUGAGUGGAGGGGGACUGCAGCGCGCCACGAGGACAACGGCCCGAUGCAUGCUGGGAAAUAGACACGCUUUUAAAUUUUUGAUCAGUUGAACUUCAUCCUAUAUCAGCACAGCUGCCAUACUUCAACUCAUCAGGAUUUUUGGCUGGUGGCCUGCUCAAGGGAACACUGCCUUUCCACAGGCGUGGAGAGAGCAGUCUCACUUAAAAAGACUAUCAGUUCAUUCUCGCUGGUAUCAUAGCCCAGUGAAUUUAAA